UCCUCUGGAUCCUCCUCUGGACUCUGGAGCUGCGGUGCGCCCUGGCGGACUUCACCCUGGAGAACGAGGUGCAUUCGAGUUUCAUCCACAGGAGGCUCCGGAGCCAGGAGCGCCGGGAGAUGCAGCGGGAGAUCCUGUCCAUCCUGGGUUUGCCCCACCGGCCGAGGCCCCACUUGCACGGCAAGCACAACUCGGCGCCCAUGUUCAUGCUGGACCUCUACAACGCUAUGUCGGUGGAGGAAGAGAGCCCCAGUGAAAGUAGCGAAGGUUUCUCCUACCCGUACAAGCCUAUUUUCAGUACCCAAGGGCCACCCCUGGCCAGCCUGCAGGACAGCAGUUUCCUCACCGAAGCAGAUAUGGUCAUGAGCUUCGUGAACAUGGUGGAACAUGACAAGGAGUUCUAUCACCAGCGCAGUCAUCGUCGGGAGUUCCGAUUUGACCUCUCCAGAAUCCCUGAGGGUGAAGCAGUGACUGCAGCUGAGUUUCGAAUUUACAAGGACUACAUUAGAGAACGGUUUGAUAAUGAAACAUUCCAAAUCAGUGUCUACCAGGUCCUCCAAGAACAUCCAGGAAGAGAUUCAGAUUUGUUCUUACUUGACACUCGGACGAUUUGGGCUGAAGAAGAAGGUUGGCUAGUAUUUGAUAUUACAGCAACUAGUAAUCACUGGGUGGUAAAUCCACAGCACAAUCUUGGCUUGCAGCUGUCAGUGGAGAGUAUAGAUGGACAGAGCGUCAAUCCCAAGUUUGCUGGCCUCAUUGGAAGGCAUGGCCCGCAAAACAAGCAGCCUUUUACUGUGGCCUUUUUCAAAGCUACCGAAGUACAUCUCCGAAGCAUCCGUUCUACAGGAGGUAAACAGCGGAACCAGAACCGAUCAAAGACCCCAAAGAAUCCAGAAGCCUUUCGAGUGUCAAAUCUCGGAGAAAACAGCAGCAGUGACCAGAGGCAAGCUUGCAAGAAACAUGAACUCUAUGUCAGUUUCAGGGAUCUUGGCUGGCAGGACUGGAUCAUUGCUCCAGAAGGUUAUGCUGCUUAUUAUUGCGAAGGAGAAUGUGCUUUUCCACUGAACUCUUACAUGAAUGCAACCAAUCAUGCUAUUGUACAGACACUGGUUCACUUUAUAAACCCUGAUACCGUGCCGAAGCCUUGCUGUGCCCCAACACAACUCAACGCCAUUUCUGUUCUCUACUUUGACGACAGCUCCAAUGUCAUUUUGAAGAAAUACAGAAACAUGGUGGUACGAGCCUGUGGCUGCCAUUAAGAGCGUAGUCAGGAAAGCUAUAUGAGGAUUUCAAAAUGUGCAGACUGAAUUGUUUUUAUAAAAUGGAGAAUAAAAAGAAAAAAAAAAGAAAGAAAGAAAACUAUCUUAGGAAGAACAUUUCUAAAGGGGCCAAAGGUUCAGGAAUGAUUUUGAGGUGCAAGUGCUGCUUUGAGCAAAGUUGGUUUUAGUUUGCAUAUGAGCUUCAUUUGCUUAUGAGGAAAAUAAGGAUGAAUUUUGGGAACACUGUUUUUUCCCUGCAAGUGCCUUGCCAAGGAAACGGACCUCUUUUUCCUUCC